AAAAAAAUAAUAAAUGCGUUAUGUGAGAGCGUGUUUCCAUCAAAACCGAAUACAUCAUGUAGCCUACAUGUUACUGACACUGGCAGGCCCAUUGUGUGUGAUUCCGUAUAUUAAUUAAUUAUAAUUCACAUGUAAUAUUCCGUACUUUUUCUUGCAUCCCAUCAGUUUUUCUUUUUCGGGUACUGUGGUCCAUAAUAUAUGUACUGUGGCCCUUCAACAUGCAGAUGGUCUUUCAAAAUGGUAAUCAGAUUCCGAAUAUUGAUCUGCUCAAAUUAAUUUGCCUUCAGACAGGAUACACGAUAAUGAACGGCAAAACAUCUUGAGGUCUCAAUGAUGUCUUUUUUUUUUUAAAGAUUCAACUUCUAAUGUAACAGAACAUGGUGGCUUCUUGGCAAUUUUGAAGUCACAUAAAAACAACCAAGAAAAAAAACAACUCUCUUUAUUGAGUCCUGACGUACUUGGCUCUCGGCUCAAACGCGAAUGACAUUAUAGGUCUCUAUGACUUUGCUUGACUGCAAAGUUUUCUUUUCAGACCAUAAAACAAUCAGUGGGAGCUAAAUAGGAACUCUUGGAGACUUAAUCGAAGUUUGCGUUUCAGCCUGUUAAGCUUCCUGGACUGACUCUAAGUCUUUCUAUGUUUUGCAAAAAGAUGUUGCACUUAUUUAAGAUCGGUGAUACGAAAUGUGCACUCGGUGCCCUAUACCAUUCACACCUUGUUGUGUCAAUUGCACAAGGGGAAAUUCUUUAGAGGGAAAUUACACAGUAAACAAACAUCCACUGAAAAUUAAAAGCUCCGGCUGAGGAUAUGAGAAAACGAAUUCUUAAUACAUUGGCUUCCCAUACUUUUACAUAAAAAGCUCUGAUACCGAUGACAAUUACAUAAUUUUCGGAAAAAUCCGUACAAAUUAUGAAAACAUUCUCGUGUCAAUAAGCAAGUAGAUCUAUAUGAUAAACCAUUGGUCGUAAUAUAAAUUUUGCUUUUUUUGGACAUCUUUUAAAGCUUUUUAAAACAAUUUCCUCUACGAUUUCGAAAGCCGAUUUUUUAAAAUAUAAUAUGUUAUUGUACUCGCAAUUUUAUUUGUCGAACCAUAUAUUAUAAGUUUCAUUUUUGUUACAAUUUUUUAGGGCUACCCAUCUUUCUUCCAUUAAUUCGGCUAUCAGAACUCCCAACAACGAAGCGUAGAUAAAUCCUUAUAUAUAACACACAGCGUUUUAUUUAGCACUGGCGCUAAACGCAAUGUGGCAUUUCAUUUAGCACUGAAGCUAAUCGCAACUCGAUCGGCAUCGCAAUGCAAAUAGGCACUUAUUCCUAUUUAGAAAUGUAUACUGAAUGCUUACUUCUUGCUUAUAUAAUAAACUUUCAACUCCAAAUUUCCUUUUUAACAAACAAUGAUAAUAGAAAAGGUAUUUUGCAACACUUGACUAGCAUCGUAUUGCGUGGAGUUCACGCAAGUAAAAGCUAUUAAUUGUCACUGUAAAUUAAAAUAUUAUGUGCGAAAUUGGAUAAACACGUAAGUUGGGAGCUCUUAUUUCUCCGGUCUAUUACAAAGCUAACUGCUAAAACUGUGGUAGAUCUAUGCUCUUCACAUUUCACACGUCACACUUGUUUGAUCGAUGCGGCUCAUCAGUUCUUUGUUUACAAAAUCAAUGGGUGAUCUCUAUCCUCAUACUACAUUCUGCACUGUCCAAUUUGGAGCACGAAAUGAAUAUUUUGUCGGUUUAUCCUCAUUGAAAUGUUUAUUUGCUGAUCAGAAUAUUACUGUGCAAAGUUUGGAGAGUUUGGAGGAGUUCAUGUGUGCUGAUGUUUGAUUAUGAUUCAAUCAAUAAUAAUUUUGUAAUUGUUCCAAGUAAUUAAUACCGGGACACUUGGGGGGCAGUUUGUGAUCUGAUAGAUCUAGAUAUCUAGAUCUAGAUCUCUAGAUAUAAUAAAUGUCUAGAUCUAGAUCUAGUGUGUUAAAACCUGGAAAAACUGGUAAAGGACUCAGUCUCAACUUGCCAUCAUAGAUAUAUAUAUAAUUUUACUUUCAAUUUGGUGCAGUGUAGAAGUAGAGAAGGGUCACUAAGAUCCCAUAAAGCUAAACUUUCACUGAGGUGACAGUGCCAAACUAAUCUAGAUCUGGAUCUAGUCGGGCCUAGAAUCCUCGGUCUAGAUCUAGUGAGAGUCUAGAGGCUAGAUCUAGGACUUAAAUUUAAAUUGUUGUAGAUCUACAAGCUUGUGGAAUUUGUGAAUAACGUCCUUAAACUCUGAAUUGACCAAUGGUAGUCGUUGAUUCAGUAGGCGGCAGUUUUGCAAAAUUUAAGAAAGUAGGCCUAAUUUAAGGUUGUUUCCUUUUGGACAUUCACAGUUGAGAGCGAUCUAGAUCUAGAUCUAGAUAUCUAGCUGUCUUCAAAUUCAAAGGUAGUGUCAACAUUGUAAUUAAUAAAAAUGGCUGACAUUUCCAACUCUGAAAAACAAAUGAUGAAUGUCAAUUUCGAGGAAGACACUGUGAAUAGUCUUUUUUCUGGAGAAGGCAUGAAUCUGAGCAUUGAUGGCAUCGUUUUUCAAGGUGCACCAAGUAAUUCUAGUUCUAGUUCUCAUGCUCUAAGGGAAGAUGUGAAACAUGACAUUACAAGUGGAGAAAAUUACUCUGAAGAUAGGAGCAGUUCUCUGUUCUUGUUUGACCUCAAAGAACAAAAACCUGUUGUAAAAGUAAAAGACGUCCAUCUUCCAUUGAUAAAAGAAGAGUCUGGUUUUGAAUGGCCGUAUGAUGUCAAAGUCGAGGGAAAAAACGAACCAGACAUUGAAAACGGAAGUUUCGCAGUAAAAGAUGAGCCUAUUUAUUUGUUUGGGGAGGAGGAAGAGAUAAAACCUGUCAUAGUCAUGAAACCAGAGUGCUUCACAGAUAUUGGUAUGGUAAAAACUGAACCACAUUUUGAAUAUUUUCCUGACAUUGAUGAUGAAGUGAAACCAAAAGUGGAGACUUUUGGGAAAGAGGAAGUGCCUGAAUGGGAGGGUCCAGACUUUGGAGAGAUGGGAAAGACAGAAGGACAAGUGGGAGAUGUGGAGGAGCCCAUGUUCGUUGAGGAUCACAUGAGUCAGGCUGGAAGGCUACAGCAGCAAAUCUCCACUGAAAGGGGUUUGUCUAUGGCGCAGAGUUCCAACCCAGACACAGAUGUUGUUGCAUCCACUCACCAAACUUCAACUUUCUCUGCUGAUCCAAUUCUUCUGGAAUGUAAUGUCUCAAAUUCUGGCUUUAGGGUCAAGAAUAAAGAUUCAGGUUUCAACUUUUCUUGUGCUGUGUCUAUUUCUGGUUCUGUAAAUUUUUCUGAGUCUCCUUCUAGUACCACACAGCCAAAAGUGUACAAAGAAACAGAUUCUGGUCAUUCAGAUAAUCCCAGGCUUACAGUUAGGGAAAAUACUUACUCAGAAGAAACACCUCUCCAGUGUAAAGUUUGUGGUGAACAGUUUACACAAAGUGAUAACCUACUGAGACAUAAAGAAAUACACACUGGAAAAAAGCUGUACAAGUGUGAAGUUUGUGGUGCAACAUUUGCAAAGAGUGACAGCCUUCAGAGACAUAAAAGAACACACAUGGGAGAAAAAUCUGACAGUGAAUUUUGUGGUGCGACAUUUGCACAGACGGGUGCCAUGCGGAGACAUAGAAAAAUACACACUGGAGAAAAGUCUUACGAGUGUGAAAUUUGUGGUGUUAUGUUUACUCGAAUCAGUGUCUUAAAGAGUCACCAAAGAGCACACAGAGGAGAAAAACCUUACGAGAGUGAAGUUUGUGGUGAAAAAUUUACGAAAAGUGAAACCCUACUGGGACAUAAGGCACCCCCAGGUAAAAAGGUUUACAAGUGUGAAGUUUGUGGUGCUACUUUUGCACAAAUGGGUGUUCUGCAGAGACACAUGAAAGCUCACGUAAGAGGAAAGCCCUACAAGUGUGAAGUUUGUGGGGUAAUGUUUACAAAAGCGAGUGUCUUGAAGAGUCACCAAAGAAGACACACAAGGGAAAAGCAGUGUGAAGUUGGUGAAAAGUUUACAAAAAGAGGUAAUCUACUGAAACAUAAAAGAACAUAUACAGAAGAAAAACCUUACUUGUGUGAAGUUUGUGGUGAAAGGUUUACAAAAAGUGAUAGCCUACUGAGACAUAAAUUAACACACAGUGGAGAAAAACCUCAAUGUGAAAAUUGUGGUGCGACUUUUGCAGAGAUUGAUAGCCUUCACAGACACUUGAAAAAAGCACACACCAAUGAAAAACCUCACAAAUGUGAACUUUGUGGUGCAACAUUUGCAGAGAGUGACAAUCUUCACAGACACAAAAGAACACACUUGGAAAAAAAAUCUUACAAAUGCGAAUUUUGUGGUGCGACAUUUGAACAGAUGGGUGUCCUGCAGAGACACAUGAAAGUACACGUUAGAGGAAGGCGCUUUAAGUGUGAAGUUUGUGGCGCAAUGUUUACACUAGCCUGUGUUUUGAAGAGUCACCAAAGAGCACACACAGGAGAAAGGCCUUACAAGUGUGAAGUUUGUGGUGAAAAGUUUACACAACCCAGUGUCCUGAAGAGUCACCAAAGAUUACACACGGGAGAAAAGCCUUACAAGUGUGAAGUUUGUGGUAAAAGGUUUACACACAGUUGUGGCCUGCUAAUACAUAAGACAACACACACGGAAGAAAAACCUUGGAAGUGUGAAGUUUGUGAUAAAAGGUUUGUAACACGUCGUUGCCUACAGGUUCAUAAAAGGACACACACAAAAGAAAAACCUUACAAGUGUGAAGUUUGUGGUGGAGCAUUUUCACAUCUCUCGACCUUGAAGAGUCACAAAAAAAUUCACACAGGAGAAAAACCCUACAAAUGUGAAAUUUGUAGAAGAGCAUUUAGGGAAAGUAGCUGCCUACAGAAACAUAAAAGAAGAGUACACACAGGAGAAAGGGGUUACAAGUGUGAAGCUUGUGGCAAAAUGUUUUUAUUUGCCAGUGACUUGAAGAGUCACGUACGAACACACACAGGAGAAAAGCCUUACAAUUGUGAAGUUUGUGGUAAAAGGUUUGCACAUAGUAGUGGCCUUUUAGUGCAUAAAAGAAUACACACAGGAGAAAAACCUUUCAAGUGCGAAAUUUGUGGUAAAACGUUUAGUAGAAGUGGAAGUCUAGUAAGACAUAAAAUAACACACACAGGAGAAAAACCAUACCAGUGUGAAAUUUGUGGCAAAAGAUUUACAAGAGCUUCUCACCGAGUAGAACAUAUGACGAGAAAACACUGGAGAAAAACCUUGCAAGUGUGAAGUUUGUGGUGAAAGGAUUUUUCCCAAAGUGGUAACAUACUUGGUGGUAAAAAACUACCCAAGACCUGACAAGUAUGGAGUUUAUUUAAAGUGAAACAUGUAAAUUUACAAGAAGUUACCUGUACUGGUACAAAAUAACACACAAAGGAGCAAAACCUGACACGUGUGGAGUUUAUGGUGAAACAUGAAUUACAAGAAGUUGUCUCUAUUGGUACAAAGAUGAUACUUUAAAAUUUCCCUCUUGGAUAAUGAAGUCUUAUCUAUCUUAUCUUUUAAAAAAGUAUACACAGGAGGAAAACUUGAAAGUGACAAGCAUGAAGUUUGUGGAGAAAGCUUUACAGAUAAUGGAAAUGGAAGCCUAAGUUACGGGUAAAUACAAGAACACACAAUACGGGAAACACUUUACAAGGGUGAAGUUUGUGGUAAAAGAUUUACACAUUUUGUGUGUGAAAGUUUACACAAAACAGUAACUUGAGGAGUCACAAGUGCCACCUACACACAUAAAAGAAACACAGUGUAGAA